UUUGUUUUCGGAGCGACGUACAUGUGGUCCCGUUGACCCCUCGCUGUGUGUUACAGUCUUAAAAAUGCAGAUCUAUUUAGAGAUUUUAAUUUUGAAUCCAGUCACACGGAAGCAUGAGGCAGCUAUAUUCAUGAUGUCUGUUUUUCACACAUACAAUGUGAUGUUUCAGUGAAGACUCAGACUUUGCUUUUCCUUCACAUUUGAAACCCUCAGAGCUCCGUGUAGCUUCAGUGAUUUGCAUGAUUUCACAUCAUUUGGAUGAUUGUGUUUCUCUCUUGAUGAAUUUUAAUCUUGUGAAACUCUUUCAUAAUCCCGUCACUGGGUAAAAUGAAAAACGGAUAAAUGCGUGUUUUUUGGGGGUUUAUCCAAAAAUAAUUUGUAAGCUGCAAAACAUGGCUGCUUCUCUUCUGACAUGCUGAUGAUUUGAAGAUAUGAGUUUUCCUGAGUCAGUGUUUCCCAGACUUCUAUACAAAUACGCUUCAGUGACCCCUCCUGCACCCUGCAUGAUGAUUAACCGGAGAGACGUGUCAUGUCCCGGAAGCUUCAUUGUUUUAAUCACUUGGUCAUACACAUUAUUCAGGCCGAUGAAGCCGUUUUGCAUUCGGAUGGCCUAUUUUAAGGCCUAUUUCGGAUAUGUCAGCCGAUGAAAAACAUUUUGGAUAAACUGUUCUUUUUUGCGAGCAUAAAAGCUUUUGUCAUCUCUUAAAAUAGUGGAUAAGGAAAGCAAAUGGUUAAAUUGCACGUGGUAUAAGGGAUUUUGGACAUUUUUGGGGUCAGCUGGCGUUGUUAUGUGAUUUGUCCUGUGUUGAUAAAAUACUAGAUGAGGGCAGGCUUGAAUGGAUAGUAUUACACACACACACAAAACAACAAUAGCUUAUUGUUGGACAGCUGCACAUGGGCAUAGUUUUUCCAGACCUUUGGUUCAGCAGCUCAUGUCUAAGAGCAUGUCAUGUUUUUCACAUAGUUCUAUAACCUCUACAUAUAUUUGUGUACUUCUGGUCUGGGGUGGUUUCUCAUGGUUCCAGUAGAUAUUAAUGCUUUAGCAUACAGUGAUAAUUAAGACAAUAGUGUGCUUCCAACUUUAUUGCAGCACUUUGUUGAAGGUCCCUUCCUGCUUCAUCAUUUCCCCUGUGCACAAAGGCGACUCCAUAAAGAAAUGGUUUCACUGAAUGAACUGGAACGUCGACUAUGGUCAGUGCUGGACCUCGCUAAUGGCCAUGUUGUGUAUUUUCUACACCGCAUUUCCCUCUUGUCUUGGCCACAGACGUGAGGAAUUAAGAGAAGAGGAUACAUUCGAAACAGCUUGUUUUGCCCUGUCAAAGGUAUUAGUGGUAAUGGUUGCUUAGCAGUAAAACGCAUAUGUUUCAUCCUUUUGUGGUCUUUAAUUUUAAGAGCUUUGCCUAUGUCAUACACAUUAUACUAACAUUGUUUUGCGUCUGUAAAGCAGGCUACACAAAGUGUUUGUCUGAAAUACAUUUCAGAUGAAUUCCCUCUACCUGCACACUUAUGUUUUUAAAUUGCACGUCCUUCUCUGUUAUGUUCUGUGGUAUGCUGUAUUAAAUCUGUUGUCUCUGUCUGGCAGCCUCACAGCAGGCUUCCUAAAAAUCAAUGGGAAUUUUGGACGGAUCCAUGUCGGUGGUAUUAGACUUGCAAGCCCCCGCUACACUUGUGUCUAUAGUGCGAUCAUCUGUUCGUUAUUAAUGAUAACUAACGGAGCACUUUCUUAAUAUCAAGCGAGUUUGAUGUUAUAGCACGUUGUUUUAGUUUGCUGUCCUCUAUCACGGUUGCUUUUAAAUGUACCCCCCCCAUGCUCACAUUUGGUAUGAUCUUAACCGAGCCAGGAGCCGUCGGCGCUAGUUUUUGCUCUGAAUGUUUACUCUUAAUGUUUGUAGUACAUAAAGUGCGAUAUUUAAAUUAAAGUAGACGAAACUUUACCACUUUUUAGACUACUUUAAACUCUCAAGUUUCAUCAAAACGUAUGUCUACAUCCGACCGUGAAGGUCUGAAUAGUUUAGUUUGAAUCUACAGUUCAAAGUGCGUGAUGCCAGUAAACGGAGGGGGGCUGCUCUCGCUCAGCAGAUACGCAACCCAGUAUUUCACCAACCCGGUCAUGGAGGAGACCGUGUGGGAGCAGUACACCGUGACUCUGCAGAGGGAUCCGAAGAUGGGCUUUGGCUUCGCAGUGUCAGGGGGCCGAGAGAACCCGAAUGACGAUAGCGGAGAGACGUCCAUCGUUGUGUCCGACGUCCUGCAGGGAGGACCUGCUGACGGCUUUUUGUUUGAGAGUGACCGAGUGAUCCAGGUGAACGCCAUCCCCAUGGAGGGGGCCCUCCACUCCUUCGCUGUCCAGACUCUCAGGAAGUGCGGCAAAGUGGCAAAAAUUACAGUCAAGAGGCCCAGGAAGGUUCCAGUGAAUAUGCUGAACCGCCCCCCGUCACCCGACGACAGAGUCUUUAACAACGACUACAAUGAAGAUUACAACUACGAGCAGGACCGCCGCAGUGUGUACAGCGGCCGCAGUGGAGGCGGGCGGGACCACAGUCCCGAGAGGGAGCGAGGCGGGGGAGGCUACACGGAUUCUGGCUACCAAACACGCGAGCGCGACUACGACAGGGACCACGACCGGCGGGACCGCGGCAGGAGCACGGAGAGAGACCUGAGCCCGGACCGGCAGUACAGGAGAGACGGCAGCAAAGGUCGCACCUUGGACAGAGAACGCAGCCCGGAUCGCCCCUACAAGGGCGACUCCAGCCCGGACAGAAGGUACCGCAGCGAGCGCGCAUUAGAAAGAGGCCACAGUCCUGAUCGGCGCUACCGCAGCGAGCGAGCCCUCGACCGGGAGGUCAGCCCGGACAGACGCUACCGCAGCGAGCGAACGCUGGACCGCACCAACAGCCCAGACCUGCGCUACGGACGCGAGAGCCACAGCCCGGCACGAGGCCGCGGACGCGAGCGCAGCUUCGAGCGAGGGCGCGAUCGCGUCCCCAGUGACCCGAGGAAGUUUGAGGAGCCGAUGAAGAGGAGCGGGAGCAGGGACCGUCUGGAGCGUUCGCCGUCACCCGCCGCCAUGCCCAUCCCUCUGGCCCGCCCCGCCGCGCGGGACAUGGAGCCUCUGGAGAAACCCAUGAAUGUGCUGCUGCUGAAGAACCGGCCCAACGAAGAGUAUGGCCUUCGACUUGGCAGUCAGCUCUUCAUCAAAGAGAUGACGAGCACAGGACUGGCCUGCAGAGAUGGGAGCCUGCAGGAAGGGGACAUUAUAUUAAAGAUUAACGGUACGGUGACCGAAAACCUGUCGCUCACCGACGCAGGGAAGCUGAUCGAGAAGUCCCGCGGGAAGCUGCAGCUGGUGGUGCAGAGAGACAAGCAGCAAGUGCUGAUCCGAGUCCCCCCGAUGGUCGACAGCGACUCUGAGCUCGAUGAUAUCUCCGAGAUCGAGUCGUACCGCUCCUACUCGCCACAGGAUGAGAGGCGGGGCCACCACUCCGACCUCUCCUCGCACUCUUCCAAUGAGAGGCUUAGAGAGAAGCCUAGAGAGGACCCACCCAACAGACUGGCAAAAAUGGGCGCUAUGCCAACACCGUUCAGAGUGCCCGACAGGGCCGUAGAAGACACGCCCCCUUUGCAGGCAGAGAGGGAGGAGCCACGAUCAGAAACUCCGCCAGCAGUUACUGCAGCCCCGAGGGCUCAUGCUGCUCAUAAGGUGCCAAUGAAGCCAAGCAUAGAGGACCAGGACGUUUAUGGGCCGAACACGGUGAUGCUGCGUUUCCACAAAGGGGACAGCGUGGGUCUGAGGCUGGCAGGAGGAAACGAUGUAGGCAUCUUCAUCGCUGGCGUUCAGGAUGACAGCGCAGCUGAGCAGGAGGGUCUCCGCACAGGAGACCAGAUCGUGAAGGUGAACAACAUGGACUUCCGAGGCAUGGUGCGUGAGGAUGCCGUCCUCUACCUCCUGGAGAUUCCCAAAGGAGAAGAUGUCACCAUUCUUGCUCAAAGCAAACCUGAAGUGUACAAGGACAUUUUAGCGUCUGGCAGAGGUGAUUCUUUCUUCAUCAGGACCCACUUUGAGUACGAGAAGGAGGCUCCUCAGAGCCUUGCUUUCACCAGAGGAGAAAUCUUCAAAGUGACGGACACACUUUAUGAUGGCAAACUUGGCAACUGGCUGGCAAUCCGCUCCGACAUAGACAACCAGCUGCGGGAGAAAGGAAUCAUCCCCAACAAGAGCAGAGCAGAGCAAAUGUCCAACGUCCAGAAUGCUGCUCGGGUGGCAUCGGGCAACGACAGAGGAGACUUCUGGAGGCUGAGAGGUCAAAGGGCGGCGAAGAAGAAAGACUUGCGCAAGAGCCGAGAGGACCUCAGUGCAGCUCCAGUCACCACCAAAUUCCCUGCAUACGAGAGGGUGGUCUUACGUGAAGCUGGUUUCAGGAGGCCUGUGGUGAUAUUUGGGCCCAUUUCCGAUGCAGUGAAUGAAAAACUGGGCAACGACAUGCCGAGCGAGUUCGUCGUCGCCAAAACGGAGCCCAAAGACGCAGGAACUGAGAAAUCCACCGGAGUGGUGAGACUAAACACCAUCAGACAAAUCAUUGAACAGGACCGUCACGCUCUGCUGGAUGUGACUCCCAAAGCCGUGGACACUCUGAACUACACCCAGUGGUAUCCCAUCGUCAUCUUCCUGAACCCGGACAGCAAGCAAGGCGUCAAGACCAUGAGGAACCGCCUCGUGCCCGGAUCCACCCGCAGCGCACGCAAACUGUACGAGCAGGCCGUGAAGCUCAGGAAGACCUGCUCGCACCUUUUCACUGCGACUGUUGACCUGAGCUCGGCCAAUGACGCGUGGUAUGGCAGCGUGAAAGAUUCAAUCCAGGAGCAGCAGGACAGAGCUGUGUGGGUGUGUGAGGGCAAGUUGGACGGUUCGGAGGAGGACCUGGAUCUCCACGACGACCGCAUGUCCUACCUGUCGGCAAUGAGCGCGGACUACCUGAGCAUGGACAGCCGGCUCACCAGCGACUACGAAGACACGGCGGACGAGGGCGGGGCUUACACUGACAACGAGCUGGACGAGCCGCUGGACGAGCCCCAGCCGGUGUCUGCCAUCGGUCGAUCAUCAGAGCCCGUGCUGCCAGAUGAGAAACCUCAUCCUGAACCCCGGGCUCGUAUGAGGAGGUCAGGGAGCAGAGAGAUGCUGAACAGAGAUCCCAGCCCUCCCCUCCCUCAUUUUGUCCCCGAACCUCCGAAGGUGCGGGCUCAGACUCGGACUGACUCAUCCCAGAGCUAUGACUCACACUCCAGCAGCACCAUCAUCAGCAGCGAUGCGGUGGGCGUAAACAAGCCGCUCCCGCCUCCUGUGGCCCUGAAGCCCCCCGUCCCACGUCAGAGCCAGCCGCCAGAGGAGAGGAGCCCGGGGGACGAGGACCCCGCCAACAAAUCCUUCCUGGGCAAGAAAACGGGUGAUCAGAUUAAAGCUUUUGAGAAAAUGGACCAUCUGGCCCGAGCUCAGAGGAUCCUGGAGCUGCAAGAGGCAGAAAAUGCGAGAUUGGAAAUCGCCCAGAAGCAUCCAGACAUCUACGCCAUCCCGGUGAAACUGCCAAAACCCAACCUCAACCGUCCUCAGCCAAUAGGUUCAAGCUCCAAUCCCGAGCAGCCCUCCAGGCAGCCGUACUCGGACUCCCGAGGAUACGAGGAGGAUGAGGCGGAGUACCGCAGACAGCUGGCCGACCAGACCAAGAGAGGAUACUACAACCCUCAGAGAUACAAUGACACUGAGCUGUAGGCUGAGACACCAGGAAGUGACGCCUUCACACGUCCGGAUCCCUCCCACGUCGUCGCUGCGAGCAGUCAACGUUUGUUACCGUGGUAACAACUUGUGCAACUUUUACCUUGAUGUGUAAACUCUUGAGUUUUUGUUUGUAUUCAGAUUUCUGAGAUGUCAAUUCCAACACUUAUUCCAGACACUUCUCAAAUGUACCGUCCUGACUCUCCUCUUUCUCAGAUAUGUCGGUGUAUAUAUUGUUUUGAUGCGUCUGAAGAGGUUUUAUUUUCCCCCAUCACACCCAGCCCCGUGCAUUACCUCAUGCACUACCGUUGCAUUAGAGUCACAGCGUAGCACGUCUUUCCUGACGGAUGAAUAGCCCAGGAGGUUGUUAAACUGCACUUUUUCUGUAGUUUUUAAAUUACUAGUGCAGUUCCGGUUCGGGGCGUGGCCUGUUUGAAGGGCCUAUUGCGUGGCCCCUAGAGAACUCUGGAAAGGAACAAUAUUGUAAAUAUACACAUUGAGCAAGGACAUAUAGCCAGCUACCGUCUUGUCAUCAUCGGCAGGUGUUGUUGGAUGACCUUUUGGGCUUUUGAAAGGUUGCCAGGUUUAUAUUUUUCAGAUGCUUACUUCUGUUACUGCAAUGUCACGACAAGGCAGAAACUGUAGAUUAUGUACAAUAUCUAGACUUUUUUUACAUCCAAUAUUGUGACCCUCCACACCAUCAACUAGCUGGUUUCAGGCAUUCUCAUACUAUAUAAAAAUCAAACUGUGUCAGGUUGAGUUAUACACAGAAUGAUGCAGGGAGACAUGUUUCUGAAGGCCGGCCCCGGACAUCAGCGUCUCACUGGUUCCCUCGACUAAAAGCCAAUAUUAUUUAUCCAUUAUCAGACAAUGAGAUCUAUGUCAAACACCAUGAUUAUGAAUGAUUAUGAUACUUACAGGUUUUGUUCAGCAAGAUCAUUUUUUUUACCAAUGACCACUUUUAUGAUGAAAUGUUUGAAUCUAUUACGCUUGUGUUAACUACAGACAUCAAUCUAUAACCCCGUCGACUGAGAGACGAGGGAACCAGAGGUGUAACUAUGCAAACUAGUUUCCAGGUUGUAGGAUUCCUUCCUGAACCGCUCUGUAGGUGUUUGUCUUCCUCUUCUUAUGGCUCUCCUGCCAAGUCUUCUCUGAUUCAUAUUAUAAAUAUUUUACAGAGUGUAAUGUGUGUGGGAGGCAGCAUUUUCACAAGUGCCUUGUAGCUCUAAUAUAAGUUUGGAGACAACUAUUAGCAGACAACAUAAGGGUCUUAAGUGGACCUACUGAAAAGAUAUUUCUGUAUCGUCGACACUGACGAAAUACAAGAUGCAAAUUGAAUCAACAGGAAACGGUCCUGUUUCUUCCCUUUAUUGGCCGUUUGGUGCAGAGGCACAUCGUCUUCACCAAAGAAUAACUCUGGAGAUGCAAAGUUGUAAUUAAGAGAUGCAGAAGGAUCUCAUACAUGCAACAUCUGUAUUUCACUUUUAAAAUUACAUCUGGAAGCAUUUCUGUAUUUAACUCAGCUGGAGCAGACAGACCAGGUAAAUGAUGUCACAGAUUUUACUGGUUAAACGUUCAGAUGAUGAAUUUGUAAGGUUUGGAUAUAAGGGGUGCAGCACAACACUGUUUGUCUUUAUUAGCUGCUUGCCACCAGAGACGAUCCGAGUCACUGCAUAUGUUUUUAUAUUGGAUCCAGUCUGAACUCAGUCAAGUCUGUGGUGAUGACAAUCAUGUGGGUGCAUCAGUUUAAAUGUUAGUUUGUGAUCUCCUUCGUGUUACAGAACAGACUCUUGGUAAAUUCAAAUAAAUAAAUCGCUUUUUACAUUUUUCUAAA